AGAAAAUAAAAAAGUGAAAGAUUUUGCUUAUUUUUUUUGGGUUGCAAUAUAAUGUGCCAAUAUAGGUCUAUGUGGUUAAAGUGGACCAUCCACAUGCAAUGAAAUUUCCUUGUAGAUUAAGCCAAUAUAUGUACCAAACACUCCCACAUUUCGUUGUGUGAUCAUAUCACAAUCCUAUAGUUUUGCUUUCCAAUUCCUAAACCAUAACAAACCUUAUUCUUUUUUUCUUUGAGUCCGUUUUGGUGACUUUCAUGCACCUAAAAGAAAACGUAACCAAAAUUUCUCCUCUCUUUGUUUUUUUUUAAGUCUUCUCUUCAUCAGUCAAUCAUCAUUUUAUCUCAUUUCUCCAUUUCUUCUCCACUCUCUUUUUCUCUCUGACUCACUCCACACACAUAUAGCUCAGUUAAAUAAAUUAAAUAGUCCUAAAAAAAAAACACGCACACACACAGUAAAACCGGAGAUAUGUUCAACCGGCCGGCUGUAGCUAUUUUCUUGCUUUUGGGUUUGGUGAUUACUCCAAGUAUGAUCCAAGCCCAACUUCCGGGCACCGGAGAUGUGGGCGAAAACAAGUGCGGAGGUUGUCCAUGCAACAGCCCUUGCUACACUUCUCCACCGCCGCCGCCGCCGCCGUCUCCGCCACCGCCACCCAAGAAGCCGCCGACAUCGUACUGUCCACCUCCGCCUGGCUCCAUCGUACCCUUUCCGCCUACUCCGCCGUCUCAGUACAUAUACAUAACGGGUCCACCGGGCGAUGUGUAUCCGGUGGAUCAUGAUUACGGCAAAGCUGGCCGGAGCUCAUCAGCCACCGUCGGGUUGACCGCCUUGUUCAUCGUCCUUAGCAUACUUCAGCUAGCAGUAUAAAAGGUGAAUUUUAGUUUCUCUGUAGAAAUUUUGGAAAUUCCCACUUGAAGUUGAAGAUAUGGGCAGGGCAGGAAGAAGAUGAUUCGGAUUCCAAAGGCAAGAAAUUUUUAUGUGGAUGACAAACAAAUUCUGAUCCUUUUUCAAUUAACUAGGCUAUUAUUAUUAUUGUUCUAAAGUUUUCUCCCUUUGUUCUUCUUCAUCAAAAAAAUGUUAGAAAAGUUACAAAACCAUUGACUAAUUAAUAAGAAUUAAUAAAUGAUUUUUUCUUCCUGUUAAUGUUGUUAAUUAUAAUAUAUGCAAUUGUUUUGGCAUUUUUUUGGUUCCUUUUUCGUUCUUUUUGUGCCUCGGAGAGUAUGUGUGGGUGUCGAUGAAUAUUGGAGUAGAAGCCAAUCAAAGUGAUCAGUUUCUUUUCUUUCUUUUUUUUUUUUAAUUUUUUCGAUUUCAAAAUAAUUAUUAAAAAUUGUAAAAGGGAAAAAUAGGUGUUGGCUAGCUUUUGAGAUAUGAAUUUAGUGAUCAGAAGAAAAAAUUUGAAGUGUGAUUAAAUGAAAGCUACGGGUUAUCCACCAGCUGGUUGUCUUCUUCUUAAUAGAAAGCUCCUUUCCCCUUUUUGGGUCCACUAUGUAUAUUAGGGAGCUGUCAAACGCACCAUUAUUUGUUAAUUAGCAUGCACUAUAUAAGGGCCUAAUAAUGUCGCACUACUUAUAUAAUUUAUAAUUUCUUCUACUUGUUUCCGUUCUUAAAGUUUCCUAUUCCUAUAAACUUUCAUGUUGCAUUUUAUAGUGUCCGCAAGAGACUGUCUAGUUUUAAUGAAUUCGUUUAGAAUUAUCUCGUACUAUUUCAGGUAGCGUUAGUCAUCUAAAAUGUGGUUGUUGAAAGCAAUGUAAGUAAAAAUAUGCGAUUGUUGAAGUCGAAUAUGAGAGUGUAUUAUGUGUUAGUCAAGAAAGGGAAUAUGAAUGGAAUUGAAAAGUUAGAUUGGAAACGCUCUCAAAGUAGUGCACGUUUUCUUGCAUCACACCAUACCAAUAUAAUCGAGCAGCCUUAAUUCACACACAACUGUGACAGCUAGCCGUUUAUGAUCAUCAAUAAUUGAAACUACGAAUAAAAUUUUGACUAUAAAAGAAUAUGCUAGGUCUACCAAAUUCUGGUUCCAUCCUUCCUUGGGUAACGGCAAUAUAUUUUGUAGAGCACUAUGAUAGGUUAUGAAUAUUAAUCAACGUUAUUCUCAAGUUCCUCCUUUUGGAAUUUGGAUUCUUAAUUGAAUUGAACCCGAUCGUAUUCAGUAUCACGGUUGUGCUUUAUGCAUUCAUUUCAGAGAUUAAGAAUUUGAAUUCUCACAAAAUACAUUUAGUGUCGUUAUUGAAAGGGGAAAAAAAAGGAAGAAAGCAACAAAAGAG